AUGUUCUCUUCAUCUAUUUCUCGUACUGCUUUUGUCUCUUCUCGUAUUGCGAAGAGCACAGUUUCUCGUUUGUUCUUGAGAGCUCAAUCGACAAAUGCUUUAAACCAAUCUCAAUUGCCUUUCACUUUCUCUCAAACCGGUCCAAAAACCGUUAAAUACACUACACAGCAUGAAUGGGUUGCUGCUCAUCCAGAUGGAUCUGCCUUCAUUGGUAUUACCAAGUACGCAGCCGAUGCACUUGGUGAUGCCACUUACGUCGAAUUGCCAGAUGUUGAUACCGAAUUAGAGGCUGGCGAUUCGUUUGGUUCUGUUGAAUCCGUCAAGUCUGCAUCUGAAAUUUACUCUCCUGUCGCUGGUACUGUCGUGGAAGUGAACGAAGCUUUGUCUGACUCGCCACAAUUGAUCAACAGCGACCCAGCUGGUGAAGGUUGGAUCAUCAAGAUUAAAAUUAACGAUGAGGCAGAUUUACAAUCCGAUGAAUUGUUAUCGCUAGAGCAGUACGAAGCUCAUCUAAAGGAAGACCAUUGA